AUGUCCGACCAACAGCGAGAUGUGUCGCAAUAUAAGUACUCGGCAAUGUCUAACCUGGUCCUCCAGGCGGACCGUCGAUUCGUCACGCGCCGCAAUGAUGAGGUUACUGGGGAUCCAGAAUCGCUAGCUGGGCGGUUGAGCAUCCGGGAUAUGGGCUCUCGAAAUGCCAGAGAUGACGCGCCAAAGCAGAAGAAGAAGGCUUCAGGGCUGCCAGAUGUCGAACGGGGAGGUCUACAAGAAGGCCAAGACGUCUUGGAGCGCGAACAGCGAAAACGGAAACGUGGUGAGCCAGCGCAGCUUCGUGGCACUGGCAUUCUCUCUGCGGCAGAUGCUUUGGUUGAAGGUAUUGUUUAUAGGCCUCGAACAUCAGCUACCCGCGCAACGUAUGACUUAAUCCUGACGACUGUGGCAAAUAAUUUGGGAGAUGUUUCGCAUGAAAUCGUACGGAGUGCAGCAGACGCCGUGCUGGAAUACCUUAAGGACGAUGACAUGAAGGACUUCGAUAAGAAGAAAGAGAUUGACGACCUUCUUGGCGCUACACUUACCCCGAAACAGUUCAAUGAGCUUGUAAAUCUCGGGAAGAAGAUCACAGACUACGAGGCACAAGACGAGGACGAAGUCAUGGGCGACGGAGAUACAGGAGCGGACGAUGGCGCAGAAAUUGAUGAUCGUCAAGGUGUCGCAGUCGUUUUCGACGAUAACUCAGAAGACGAGGAUGGCCAAGAGAUGGUAAACGAGAUCCGCGACGAGUCUUCGGAGGACGAAGAAGACGAGGAUAUCGAGGAUAGACCUGGCAAGGAAGAAAGUGCAACUGCAGGUGGCGCUGCCCAGGAUAGGGAUGAAGAUUCCCGCGAACUCCCAGAGGAGGAGGCGAUUAUAAUCGAUUCCAGAAUAGCCAACGGUAGUAGCGGCAAGGACAAAGGCAAGAACAUCAUCCCAGCUCGCGACAUCGAUGCAUAUUGGCUGCAGCGGCAGAUUGGUGCCAUAUACUCCGAUGCCCACAUACAACAAGUUAAGACUCAGGAGGCUCUGACCAUCCUGUCAGGUGCUCCGGACGAAGAAGGUGGAGAAGAAAAACAGUUGCGAGAGAUUGAGAAUGACCUUGCAGAACUAUUUGACUGGGAGCAUCAUGAAUUGGUUCAUAAGCUCAUUGCCAAUCGCGACAAGGUUGUCUGGCUCACUCGCUUAGCUCGCGCUGAGGACGAGGAAGCCAGAGGAGUUAUUGAGCGAGAAAUCGCCUCAGAAGGACUGAGAUGGAUCCUGGAUGAACUUCGAGGAAUCGCGCAAUCUGGUGAUGUCAAGAAGCGCAAGUUGGAAAUCAAGAUGGAUAUUGAUGUCCCCGCCUCCUUUAUCAAUGGAUCCGAAAAGCCGGAGCAGAAUGGCGAAGGCGACCUUAUUGGUGGUUUACAGCCGCGGAAGUUGAUCAACCUCGAGAAUCUCAUAUUUGAUCAAGGAAACCAUCUUAUGACCAAUCCAAAAGUCAAGCUUCCUGACGGAUCAACGAAGCGAACCUUUAAAGGUUACGAGGAGAUCCAUGUCCCGGCACCAAAAAAGCGAAAUGAGCCAGGUGAUCGAGAUAUUCCAGUUACCGAGAUGCCAGAAUGGUCUCGAGUUCCUUUCAGCUCAGCAACCAAGUUGAAUAAAAUCCAGUCCAAAUGUUUCCCACAGGCCUUCAAUGAUGACGGCAAUAUGCUGAUCUGCGCGCCCACCGGUAGUGGGAAGACAAAUGUUGGCAUGCUGACUAUUCUCCGCGAAAUUGGCAAAAAUCGGAAUCCCGAGACUGGGGAAAUAAAUCUAGAUGCUUUCAAAAUUGUUUACAUCGCACCGCUCAAAGCUCUUGUGCAGGAGCAGGUUGGUAAUUUCGGCGGUCGACUCAAGGAGUACGGCAUUACAGUUUCGGAAUUGACAGGUGAUCGACAACUCACCAAACAACAGAUUGCUGAUACCCAGAUCAUUGUGACGACGCCGGAGAAAUGGGAUGUCAUUACAAGAAAAGCUACCGAUUUGAGUUAUACCAACCUGGUUAGACUUAUUAUCAUUGACGAGAUCCAUCUCUUGCACGAUGAUCGAGGACCAGUUCUGGAAAGUAUCGUCAGCCGAACUAUUCGAAAGAUGGAGCAAACUGGGGAUCCCGUGCGUCUAGUUGGCCUCUCAGCAACUCUACCCAAUUAUCGUGAUGUUGCCAGUUUCCUCCGCGUGGAUCCUAUGAAGGGUAUGUUCCAUUUCGACGGUUCGUACCGCCCUUGCCCUCUGCGCCAAGAGUUCAUUGGCAUCACCGAGAAGAAGGCCAUCAAGCAACUGAAGACGAUGAACGACAUUACCUAUACCAAAGUCCUCGAGCAUGUGGGCACUAAUCGCAAUCAAAUGAUCAUUUUCGUUCACUCCCGAAAGGAGACAUCAAAGACUGCAAGAUACAUUCGAGACAAAGCCCUAGAAAUGGAAACCAUUGGACAAAUUCUUCGAAGCGAUGCUGGGAGCAGAGAAGCCCUGAACACUGAGGCAGAGGCAGUCAACGACAGGGAGUUGAAAGACCUUCUUCCUUAUGGCUUUGGUAUCCAUCAUGCUGGGAUGAGCAGACCAGAUCGCACUUCCGUAGAGGAUCUUUUCAAUGACGGACUGAUUCAAGUACUGGUUUGUACAGCUACUCUUGCGUGGGGUGUCAAUUUACCGGCGCACACCGUCAUCAUCAAAGGCACGCAGGUUUACUCCCCAGAAAAAGGCAGUUGGGUUGAAUUGAGUCCACAGGAUGUCUUGCAAAUGCUUGGCAGAGCUGGUCGACCGCAGUACGACACAUACGGAGAAGGUAUCAUCAUCACCACGCAGACUGAAAUGCAGUACUACCUUUCGCUUUUGAAUCAACAGCUUCCCAUUGAGAGUCAAUUCGUCAGCAAGCUGGCAGACAACCUCAACGCCGAAAUUGUUCUUGGCAACGUACGAAGCCGAGAUGAAGGUGUUGAGUGGCUCGGAUACACUUAUCUUUUCGUCCGCAUGCUACGUUCUCCAGGCCUCUACAGCGUUGGGGCCGACUACGAAGAAGACAAUGCUCUCGAACAGAAGCGUGUUGACCUCAUCCACUCGGCUGCCGCUGUGCUUGAGAAGUCUAACCUUGUUAAAUAUGACAAGAAGACUGGCAAGCUACAACCCACCGAGCUUGGACGUAUUGCUUCUCAUUACUACAUUACCCACAGCUCGAUGUUGACUUACAAUCACCACAUCCAGCCGUCGAUCACGCCAAUCGAAUUAUUUAGGGUUUUCGCUCUGAGCGACGAGUUCAAAUACAUUCCAGUUCGCCAGGACGAAAAGUUGGAGUUAGCAAAGCUGCUAGGGCGUGUUCCUAUUCCUGUCAAGGAGAGUAUUGAAGAGCCUCAUGCAAAGAUCAAUGUUCUAUUACAGGCCUACAUAUCGCGUCUCAAGCUAGAAGGGCUGGCGCUGAUGGCAGACUUGGUUUAUGUUACCCAGUCAGCUGGACGUAUUCUCAGGGCUAUCUUUGAAAUUACUCUCAAAAAAGGCUGGUCAUCUGUAGCCAAGACAGCAUUGGAGCUUUGCAAGAUGGCAGAGAAGCGAAUGUGGCCUACCAUGACACCUUUACGUCAAUUUCCAAACUGCUCGAGAGACAUUAUUACAAAGGCAGAGAGAAUCGACGUGCCAUGGGCCAGCUACUUCGAUCUCGAUCCACCUCGGAUGGGAGAGCUUCUCGGAUUGCCAAAAGCAGGCAGGACUGUUUGCAAUCUGGUCUCGAAAUUCCCCAGAGUAGAACUUCAAGCUCAAGUGCAACCCGUGACACGAUCAAUGCUUCGAGUUGAAUUGACGAUCACCCCGAACUUUGAGUGGGAUGACGAGGUACAUGGCACUGCAGAAAGCUUCUGGAUCAUUGCAGAAGAUUGUGAUGGCGAAGAUAUCCUGUUCCACGACCAGUUCAUUCUCAGAAAAGACUUUGCCCAGGCUGAGAUGAAUGAGCACAUCGUCGAGUUCACAGUUCCAAUCACCGAGCCCAUGCCACCUAAUUACUUCGUCACUGUCAUUUCGGAUAGAUGGAUGCACUCAGAGACUAAGCUUGCGGUAUCAUUUCAGAAGCUGAUUUUGCCGGAGAAAUUCCCACCCCAUACCCAACUGCUUGAUCUGCAGCCCCUUCCUGUUGCCGCUCUGAAGACCGACGACUUCUGCGCUUUGUAUCCCAGCUGGGAGCGCUUCAACAAGAUACAGACACAGACUUUCAAUUCUCUAUAUUCCACGGAUGACAAUGUUUUCGUUGGGGCCCCUACAGGUAGUGGCAAGACUGUGUGCGCAGAGUUUGCCUUGCUUCGUCACUGGUCGAAAUCAGACGCUAGCCGAGCUGUCUACAUUGCUCCUUUCCAAGAGCUGGUUGACCUACGUCAGCAAGACUGGCAACGACGAUUUUCGAAGCUGCGUGGCGGCAAGGAUAUUGUAAAAUUAACAGGAGAAACUACAGCCGAUCUGAAGCUGCUUGAACGGGGAGAUCUGAUUCUGGCUACACCUGCACAGUGGGAUAUAUUGUCACGACAAUGGCAACGUCGAAAGAACAUCCAAAAUAUCCAGCUUUUCAUUGCCGAUGAGCUCCACAUGCUUGGUGGGCAGUUCGGAUUUGUGUAUGAGAUUAUCGUAUCUCGUAUGCACUACAUUCGGUCUCAAACCCAGCUUCCUCUUCGCAUCAUAGGAUUGAGCGUAUCUCUGUCCAAUGCCAGAGACAUUGGGGAAUGGAUCGAUGCAAAGAAGCACAACAUCUAUAAUUUCAGCCCUCAUGUUCGAUCAGUCCCUCUAGAGCUACAUAUCCAGUCUUUUACUGUCCCUCACUUUCCAUCUCUCAUGCUUGCCAUGGCCAAGCCGACUUACCUCUCGAUCCUUCAGAUGUCUCCCGACAAGCCCGCGAUCAUAUUUGUCCCCAGCAGGAAGCAAGCCCGGUCCACUACCAGAGAUUUGCUUCUGGCUUGCGUUGCUAGCGAUGACGAGGAUCGUUUCUUACACGUAGACGUCGAUCAAAUGAAGCCAUUGCUCGACCGCAUAAGUGAGGAAGCACUCGCCGAGGCGCUCUCUCACGGAGUCGGAUACUAUCAUGAAGCCCUCAGUACGAGCGACAAGCGAAUUGUGAAGCACCUGUACGACAACGGUGCUAUUCAAGUAAUGGUAGCAUCUCGCGAUGUGUGCUGGGAGCUUGAUUGCACCGCACACCUGGUAAUCGUGAUGGGAACCCAAUACUACGAAGGACGCGAGCACCGCUACGUGGAUUACCCACUGAGUGAAGUGCUUCAGAUGUUUGGGAAGGCGUCACGACCAAUGGAAGACAAGAUCAGCAAAGGUGUGCUUAUGGUGCCAGCGGUCAAACGCGAGUACUACAAGAAAUUCCUCAACGAGGCUCUUCCAAUCGAGAGCCACCUCCAAGUGUACUUACAUGAUGCUUUCGUUUCCGAAAUCAGCACGAAGAUGAUCGAGUCUGCUGAUGAUGCUAUCAACUGGACCACCUUCACAUAUUUCUAUCGUCGCCUGCUGGCAAAUCCAAGUUAUUACAGUUUGGCAGAUACGUCCCAUGAAGGCCUCAGUGCGCACUUGUCAGAGCUUGUCGAGACCACAUUGAAGGAUCUUGCCGAGACAAAGAUUAUUGAUUUGGAUGACGAGGACGAUUCAGUGACACCAUUGAAUGCGGCUAUGAUUGCUGCUUAUUACAAUAUUUCAUAUAUUACAAUGCAAACAUUCCUGUUGUCAUUGAGUGGCCGGACAAAGUUGAAGGGCAUCCUCGAAAUUGUAACCUCAGCAACCGAAUUUGAAUCUAUUCAGAUCAGAAGACACGAGGAUAGCCUACUUCGACGUAUCUACGACCGGAUCCCUGUCAAGAUGGCACAACCUGCGUACGACUCGCCACACUUCAAGGCAUUUGUCCUACUCCAAGCACAUUUUUCCCGGAUGCAAUUACCAAUCGAUCUGGUCAAAGACCAGGAGAUGAUCUUGACCAAGGUUUUGGGUCUACUCAGUGCUACAGUUGAUGUAUUGUCAUCAGAUGGUCAUCUCAAUGCAAUGAAUGCAAUGGAGAUGUCACAGAUGGUUGUUCAGGGCAUGUGGGAUCGUGAUAGCCCACUGAAACAAAUUCCACACUUCGCACCUGAAGUUAUCAAGGCUGCGAACGAGUCUGGUGUCAAGGACAUAUUCGAGUUCAUGGAAGCCAUGGACCCCUCGGAGAACCCCAACUAUGAGGCCCUGGUCAAACGUCUCGGCCUGUCCCAGAACCAACUGGCUCAAGCAGCUAAUUUCACCAACUCCAAAUACCCUAAUAUCGAUCUCGAGUUUGAGUUGGAAGAUCCCGAAGACAUCACAGCAGGAGAUCCAGCCUACAUCAAGAUCAAGAUAACAAGAGAUGUAGAUGACGAAGACUCUGCUGAUGUGGACACCACUGUGCAUGCGCCGUUCUAUCCUGGCAAGAAGAUGGAGAAUUGGUGGUUGGUUGUCGGCGAGGAGAGUUCAAAGACACUACUCGCUAUCAAGCGCAUCACGAUUGGACGGUCUUUGAAUCUGAGACUUGAAUACACCGUGCCGACACCUGGAGCGCAUGACCUGAAGCUGUUCUUGAUGAGUGAUAGCUACAUGGGAGUCGACCAAGAACCAAGCUUCUCCGUGACUGUUGCCGAAGGUAUGGACGAGGACGACGACGAUGAAGAAGAAGGCGAGCAAUAA